AUGGCCAUGGAAUCCUGGGUGACGGAGAGGGCCGCAGAGGAGCUGCAGUUGCUGGAAAGGCAGCACCCCAACCGCUUUGACUACCUCAAGCUCGAGCUCAAAUCUAUCAUCUCCCAACCCAUCUGUUGUCCCUCCUCUUCCCCUGCCGCAACCCAAGUGUCCUCCAACAGGAAGAGGAAGGGUGGUGAGAUGCAAGAGGAGGGGAGUGAUGGGUGGGAGCAGCGGAAGGUACAGAAGUCGUCAACAGACACGGAACAGCAGGGUGGAGAGGUUGAUGAGAAGUGCGAGGACAGGGUGGAGGCAGCCAUAAAACGGGCAGAGGCUUGCUUGAAGAGGAUUCGACAGCUCAAGCAGGACUUCUUUUGUUAG